AAAUUCAACAGUUUUAAGUUUAUAGCGGAACCGAAUAGAAUUGAAAACAAAAAUAUGGUUACAAUAAAUCCCAUAGCAAUUCUAAUUGUAUUGGCUCUAGUUUGUUCCACACAGGCGGAAUUCUCAUUGAAAGCCACUUCAGUGGACACCAGAAAACAAACUUCCCUGAAACUAUUAUCAACGGAAGUUAUCGAAUCGGGAAAGACUCUAUACAGUUAUGUGUGUACAGCGGGUGAAAAUAUGAUACGACCAAUUGGUUGUUAUGCAACAAGUUCAAAUGACUGGCCAACUGACCAGAAUUUAGAAUUAACUGCCAGCUGUGACACAUGUUCCCAGGGCAAGAGCAUACAAUAUGUUGAGACCCUGUUUGUAGUGUCGACGCCAAAUGUGGCCUGUAGCAUUACGUCGCGCAGUAUGCGCAGCCCUUAUGUCGAAAUUAAAGUCAAUGUUCGGGGCACGGCAGCCUUGAAUUACACGUCAUUAUUUUACACAAAUUAAAUAAAUUAGACUCAAAAUCCAAGAAUAUAGGAAAAUAUAUAACAAA